AUGGCUACCAACAUGUUAAAGUGCAAUAGUUGCAAUGUGGUUAUUAAUGAAGUUCUCGCCUUCAUAUGUAACAAAAUUGAUGUUAUGGAUGAGGAGAGCAUUAACCGUAUAUGUGUUAGUGCGUUCUCGGAAACUGAGGUGAAAAGUGCGAAAGACUUAUUAUUUCAAUCUGUCGCCACUGCAAAACGCAAGAAGACAAGGAAACGAGACGGCAAGACGCUCCGCGACAUUGAUGAUAUCAUUUGUCUCCUCAAAGAAACAAAUCCUGAGGAAAUACCUGUCUUCGUUGCUCGAGACUUGCAAAAGUUACCCCCAGUGUUGUUUGACCACGUAGAUGUGACCCGAUUGCUGAAAGAUUUACUGAGGAUGCAAAGUGACAUAAAUCAAAUAAGGGAAGAGUAUGCGACAGUGGAACAUUUACAAGCCAUAAAGUCUGAAGUUGGUUUGUUAAAAAGUACGGUGUGUGCGUCUCCGGGCACGAGUACCGGCAACAAGGUGAACAACUUGGAUAACACGACAUUCACAGAGGAAAAUAAAAGUAAAAACACGAAUGUAAUCCCUGUAUCGCAGAUAAUACAUACAAAAAUCGCUGAGAAAAAUUUUUGUAACAAAGAAAUCGAUUUACAAAAUGAGGGUGAACAUAAAAUCCCUAGUUCGCGUUCGACGCAUCUAGCAUGUUCGCCGAGACCGGCGCGUGCGCCUCUCCCGCGCGCGCCCGUCCCCAGCCCUCCCGUACCUGUCAUGUCGCUUAGUCAAGGACACACGGACGGAUCGAAUGAACAACAACAAUCGCAAGCGAAACGGACAAGUUUUGCUAACAUCGCGCGGAAUGGAGUAUGGAAACAAGAUCAACGAAAUGAGGAAUGGAUAAAAGUUCAAAGAAAUAGAGUAAAGAACAAGUUUGUGGGUACAAGGGGGAAGGCCGAAACUGCACCUAAUACAAAUUUUAAGGCGGCCGAUAGAAAAAUACCUGUAUAUAUUUAUAAUGUGGCGAAGGAUGUUACCGUGUGUGACAUAUUAGAUUAUAUUGCGAGUAAAACAAAUGUUGAAGUGUCAAUUGAAAAGAUGCAAAUGACUUUGGCCAAGGAAUAUGAUUCAUAUAAAAUAUUUGUCCCUGGAAAGUUGCACAAUCGCGCGAUACUAGUGUUCUCGGUGUAUAUGCCCACUAACUCCGUUGAUAACUUAGUAGAAUUUACUCAGUGUUUAUGUGAGAUCAACGCAAUAAUAGAGAAUAACAGUGUUGAGUCUGUGUUCAUGCUGGGAGACUUCAACGCUCACCCAGUAAAGCAUCCAUUGUUAGCAAUAAUAAUACUGUCAGGAAAACACAAAAAACACGUAAUAUUCCUGGAUGGAAUAAAUAUGUACGCGAUGCACAUGUUGAGGCUAGGCAGUCAUAUCGCGCGUGGUUAUUAG